GAACCACGAAGGUGGUGGUCGGUCGGGUGGGUCCAUUGGUGAAUUGGUCAAUCCUUUGGUAGGUGAACUUUGAUCCCCUUCAUCUUACAAAUUCCUGCAAAUAACUCGGAACAAAAGGAAACCCAGACUCGUCAGCCGGAGAAUUUCAAAGAGAAAUCAACAUGGGUAUUUAUUCGACGGUGAUGGAGACGGUGACGGAGGUUACAGGGUUAUCCCCGACGGCGUUCUUCACGAUCCUUGCGAUGAUGGUGGUUGUCUACAAUUUAGUGAGCGGCAUGUUUUUGGGUCCCGAAGAUUUCCGUCAAAAGGAACAAAAAGAGACGAUUCAGGUGGGAGAUAUUGCGGAAUCAGAGUUAAGGGCUUACGAUGGUUCCGACCCCAAAAAACCUCUCCUUAUCGCCAUCAAAGGCCAGAUCUACGACGUCUCUUCCUCCAAGAUGUUCUAUGGGCGUGGAGGUGCAUAUUCGAUGUUUACGGGGAGGGAUGCAAGUAGGGCGUUGGCGAUGUUGUCGUUCAAACCCGAAGACCUGACGGGGAACCUUGAAGGAUUGAGUGCCGAGGAGCUUGGUGUGUUGGAUGACUGGGAAUCUAAAUUCAUCGAAAAGUAUCCCGUUGUUGGUCGCCUUGAUACUUCCCUUAAUCCCUCUGAAAAUGGAGAUAAAGUCCAAUUUCUAGACAAUCAUAGAAAUGAACACAUCGAUUGAUAAUUGAGUUCAAGCUUAAAUACGUUUUGUUAUAACAAUUUGUGAUCAUGAUUCACAGUUCCUAAAGUUUUGGAUCAGGUCACAAUUAGUAU